UGUGUUUAGGGGCUGGCCUGGCGCUCAACUUCAAUUCAACGUUGUCGGUUGUUCAGGAGGAAAAUCAUAUGAAAAGAUACGAUAGAUGUGCUGCUGUGCUGUGUGUAGAAGAUACUUUUGCACCGUAUAUCGUGGAACAAUUCCCACUAUAUUCAGUCACAUUGCGACUUUGUUAGAUGACGGACGUAAGCUCUGAAAAAUAUAAAUUUUAUAGCACUUUUUUUUAAAGUGUAUAAUUUGUUUUGUUUUAUUUUAUCGCCUUCUUCUUUUAUAAGAGAGUGUAUAUUAACGUGGGUUUCCCUCUGUUUAUAUUAAAUUGACCGAUACACGAAAUUUUUGAAAAAAAGUAUCUGAUAGAUUGAAAAUUUAUUAUUAAAUGCCUAUAUCUAAUGGAACAGGUGUAUACUAUCUAUCAAACACAACAAAAUUAUAAAUAAACAAACGCGAAUUUUUACUGAAUUAAAAAAAAAAAAAGCAAACAAAAUUGUUUACAAAUAAAUGUGUUAUAUGUUUAAGUGGAAAAAUUAAAAAUUAAAUAAUUAUUUAUUUAAAUAAAUUAAAUAAAUAAAUAAUGAUUAUAACCAAGUGAAAUAAAUAAUAUUUCAAACAAAAAAUCUAUAAAAAGUUUGAAUACUGUUAACAGUGAUUUGAAUUGAAUCUGAAGUGAAUUGAUAAAUAAUAUACAAAAAAUCGGAAUAAAAGAUAUUGUAUCUUUUUUAUAACACACAACUGCUGACAAUUUGUGGAUUAAUUUUUUAUGGGAUUAUAUCGAAAAAUCUGAAAGAAGAUUUUUUGAAAACAAUUUUUUACUGUUUGACUGUUUUUCCUCGAAUUGCGGAUUAAAAAACAAAAUAAUAAUUUUGUAAAUACCUAUACCGAUCACCAAGGAAACCGGCAAAAAUUUUUGCUAAAAAGGACUAAAUGGCCAACACAGACAACAUGUGUUUGCAACUUAAUGCAUCGGAAUUAACAGCUAUCAUGAUGAAAGGAUCACAACAAUCCAAUGAUCGUGAUGCUGGUUUUUGUUCAGGAGGAUCAGAAGGUGGCGAUGAUCUCUCCAUGGAUCAUUCAAGACUCGAUCCAAGUAGUCCAACAGAUGCCUCUGAAGAUUCGGUGGAAGUUAAAGUCACACCCAUUACACUGAUUCGAAAUAAACGAAAAAGUACAGAACCCUCAAAAGUGAUAUGUGAUCGUGAAGAAACUGGACCUCUAAAGAAACGCAUUCGAUAUUCUUUGAAUGCUGCUUCCUAUGAACCAACAACACCAACAACACCAACUACAACACUCAACACAUCAACAAAUAGAAAUCACCAUCAUCAUCGUACCUCAUGGGAUUCCAGCCAACAACUGCCUCACGAAUUGAUGCCAAAUCCAGCUGAGGUCUUAAUACGACAUCCGGGUGUGACAACUCUCCAUCGAUUGCCAAUUCAGCAAGAUGAUGAUAUUCAAGAUGAACCUUUAGCGUUGGUGUUGAAGAAACCCUCGUCAUCGGAAGAAGACGAUUUUCGUGCUCAAGAUGACCUCUUUCAACAUAAAGAACUUCAUAGUCAUAACAUCACACCUUCAGUGGCGUCAUCAAGUGGCAGUAUAAGUGGAGGAAGUUUUAACCAUGAAGGUCGACCUCAGCAAAGGAAUUACAAGAACAUGACUCGAGAGAGGCGAAUCGAAGCAAAUGCCCGAGAAAGAACUCGUGUUCAUACUAUUUCAGCAGCUUAUGAAACUCUCCGCAAAGCAGUUCCUUCAUAUUCGAAUAGUCAAAAACUCUCCAAAUUGUCAGUUUUGAGGGUUGCCUGUUCGUAUAUUUUGACACUAAGUCGAAUGGCUGGUGAAGAUUAUAGUGAAGAUCAAAGUGAACCUUCGAUUGCAUCGUGUAUGGAGCAAGUGACGGCAACAAUUCAGACAGAGGGUAAAAUUCGCAAAAAGAAAGAUGAAUAAGUCUCCACAAAAUUGUUAUACGCAUCAUCACCCGCCUAUUUGAACAUGGAGAUUUUUUUUAAAGAUUUCUGUGUGGAUUUUUUUUUGCUGAAAAAAUUAUAAAAAAAGCGUAGUUGAAAGGUUUCAUUCAAAAGAUCUCAAAAAAAAACAAGGCUAUAAGACUUUUAUGAGAAAAAAAAACAACAAAAAUCAAUUUUUUCAAAAUCACAUCGAGAGGAAACAAUCUGAAUCUCAAAUCUGAUCAAAAAUCUCAAUUUUCUCUUAAUUUUUGAAGUGAUCUUGAAAAAUUGUUUAAGCUUUAAUUAUCUUGAAAUGUUUCUUAAAAACUUAAAAUAAAAAUAAAAACUAAAUUUUAUAUGUUACUUGCAUCGCAAUAUUCGACUUUUGAAAAGCUCUACAAAAAUUGCAAGUAAAUUUAAAAAUUUUUAAAAAAUUAAAAAUCCUACGCUUGUAUUCAUUAAAAAAAAUUAUUAACAUCAAUUUCAACAAACAAAAAGAAAAAAAAAAUCAUAGCCCACCCGAUAAGUCUAUUUAUUAAAGAAAAAAAAAAACAAAAAA